CUAUAUCACAACUGUUUGCAAACAUUCACAAAAUGAUGAAAUAUAAUUUUCUAUGCAAUUACUUUGUUCUUUUCUUAAUUCUAACAAUAUGGAUUGAUACUCUCGUAAUUAGUAUCAAUGUAAUGAAAUAUAGAGAAUGGCUGAGAAAGCAAAGAAGUAAUGAACAAGAAAAUUAUACUAAUGAUUCUCUACAGUCAGCUGACAAUGGAACUUUAACUUCUUUACAGAAAUGGAAUAUUGAUGUAAAUAUUAAAGAUUUAAAUUUCAUUACGAAAAGAUUUAUUGAUGCACCAACAGGAAUGGCAAAAAAAUUAAUGAUGUUGAUAUUAGGUAAAGAUAUAUUAUGUAAAAUGACAAUAAAAGGAUCACGCAAUUUCCGAGAAAAUCAUAGUUUCAUACCUGAAAAUGUUAGCAAUUUUGUCUUUGAAUAUGUGAACUUACAUGCCAGAUCAAACAUUACUUAUUCAAAAUAUGUAACAGCAAUACAAGAUUUAUGCAAUUAUUUACGUUACGAAAAAAGAGUUUCAGCGAAUCAAGACAGUUUAAAUCCAUCGCAGGUUGAAUUAUUAGAGAAAUGGAAUAUUGAUGUAAAUUUUGAAAAGUUAAAUGUCAUAACGAAAAUCAUAUAUUCUUGUCAUUACCAACAGUAAUGACAAGAAAAUUAAUGAUAUUGAUAUUAGGUAAAAAUAAAUUAUGUAACAUGACAAUAAGAGGAUCACGCGCUUCCUCAAAAUUUAAAUUUAUACCUGCCAAUGUUAACAAUUUUAUCUUAGGUAAGUUUUUUACAAAAAGAAAUAAUAAUAUUUUAUUUUCUUAUUUAAGUCAAAUAAUUUGGUUUUAGAUUUCGUGAACUCAAGUACCAGAUCAGGCAUUACUAAUUCAACAUAUGUAGAAAUAGUAAAAAGUUUAUGCUAUGAUAUACGUAGGAGAAAAAAAUCUGUGCAACUUAGAAGAGGUAGGCUUCAGUAUAAAAACAUAUGUUUGAAAAUUAAAAUACAAAACAUGCAAACAAUUCUAAUACUUUAGUUGUAAAAAGUGAAAUAAUAUGAAAUUAUAAGAACAUAGUAUUUUCCGAUAAAGGUAACGAUAUUUUUUCUUUUAUUUCAAGGGAGCGCGUUACAUAUACUUUGAAUUUUCAUAUGAAAAAUUUUUUAUUUUUAGUAAAAAUGAAAACAAUUAAUUAAUCUAAUUUUUAAAAUAUUUUACAGUUUCAGGGGACGAAAGCGAGGACAAGAAGGUUCCUGAUAUUUCUUACGGUCAAUAGAAAAAAUCGCGCUAAUGUAUGUUACAAUUUUUACGAGAAGGGAGAGGGGUUAUAAUUUUAAAAAAAAUGUCUUAAAUAGUUUGUGAUUGACCGUAUACGAACAUACAAUACUUUCAGUUUCAAAAUUUCGACUUUUUUUACAUAUUCAUGUAUUUCUCAAAGAGUAAUAAACAUAUAUUGUAAAAUCUCGCAAUGUAUUUGUAAUUUCCUCUUUUCGUUUUUGUAUAUGAACAGUUGUAUAUUGAAAAUAAAAUAUAAAAGUAAUUAUUGAGUAAAA